GUCAACCAUAUUUGGGUCUUGUUGGCAAAAGGGUGACGAGUCUUCCCAUUGCUUUCGCAAAGGUAAUUAAUAUGCAAGUUGGACCAGUUGUCGACUGUGUUAUCGGAUCCGGUUUAGAUCUCCAUGCUCUACAUGUAUAUUUAUUGUCCCAGCUCGUUAGUUUGAUCACUCUAGAAAAAUGCAGAAUAAUUUCAAAAGGAUGAUGUCCAUCUCGUGCUCCAUAAGGUUGUAUUCCCCAUUAGCCAAACACUACGUUCAGUCAAGAGAACUCUAUCUCGCCAUCCAUGGAGACCAUUGACCCAGCAAGGAUCACUCUUCGCCCAUUUGAACUGACUGAUGCCGCCGACUUCUUCUCGUGGGCCAGCAACGAUCAGCGCAUGAAGAACCUUAAGUGGACUGCACUGGCCUCGAGGGAACAGGCUCUGACCACCAUCAGGGAGAUCUGCAUGCCCCACCUGUGUUACUGUCGAUCUGCGUGAAUGGCCAUUCGUUCGGGUUUGUCUCGGUGGUCCCCGGGUCUGGUGACGAUAGGUGCUGUGCAGAUAUUCGUUAUGCAGCGGCAACGGACUACUGGGGACAAGGAAUCGCCACGAGGGCCGUGAAACUGGCGCUCUCUCAGGUUUUCCAGGACUUAACUGAGGUCCAGAGGCUGCAGGCUUUCGUGGACAUCAACAACCGAGCCUCCCAAAGGGUGCUCGACAAGGCCUGGUUUACAUGGGAGGGUUAGCUCAGGAAAUACUCAUAUCUGAAGGGGAAACUGAAGGACCUGUACUUGUAUAGUUUCUUAUCAACCGAUACUGUUUCGGGGAAACAUUGGAUAGACUCACGAUGAUAUGAGUUUUCUCUCGUUUUCAGGUCACUUUGCUAUCCUAAUUGCAGCAGAAGCUGCUCCGCCCCGAUGAUAUUCCUUCCCUGCAGAAUCCCAUGUACUUGACGAGAGUAACAUAUCCCAGAAAGAGCCAAGGUUUAUGGGUUGGACUUUGGAGUUAAAGUAAAGGGCAAGCUUGAUUGCACUUUUAUGACACUCUUUUUGGCCAGAACCAGGAAGUCUUCUCGAGUUUUCCAUCACAUAUUGAUGAAGGGAUUAGGAACCUUCGGGUGGAGACCAGUUGUCCACUGUUAUCAGUAAUUUAUAUGUAAAUUGGACCGGUAGCCAACUGUUUUCCCGAUCCGCUUGAGACCUCCAUGCUCCAUAUGGGCUUUGGCCCCAUUCACCUACCAUGGAGAAGAAGCCAUAUUCCACUCGGGAAAAGUGACAUAAAUAAACAAUUAUACAAGGAAGAUGUCCAGCUCAUGCUCCAUAAGAUAUUCUUCCCCAUUAGCCGAACAUUUUGAUCAGUCAACAGAACUCUAUUCCAGCUCCGAUGGAGAUCAUCGACCCGGCAAGAAUCACUCUCCGUCCAUUUGAACUGACCGAUGCCGACGACUUUUUCUCAUGGGCCAGCGACGAUCGGGUCAUAAGGAACCUUAGAUGGACUGCCUUGGCCUCCAGGGAACAGGCGCUGACCACCGUCAGGGAGGUUUGCAUCCCCCACCCUUGGCGCCGCUCAAUCUGCAUCGAUGGCCGUUCGAUAGGGUUUGUCUCAGUGUUCCCCUGGUCGGGUGAGGAUAGGUGCCGUGCGGAUAUUGGCUACGCGCUGGCACCGGAAUACUGGGGCCAUGGGAUCGCCACAAGGGCCGUGAAACUGGCGCUCUCUCGGGUUUUCCAGAACUUGACUGAGAUCCUGAGGCUGCAGGCUUUCGUGGAUGUUAACAAUCGAGCCUCCCAACGGGUGCUUGAGAAAGCCGGGUUUGCACGGGAAGGUUUGCUCAGGAAGUACUCGUAUUUGAAGGGGGAGCUGAAAGAUUUGUACUUGUAUAGUUUCUUAUCAACCGAUACUCUUCCAGUGGACUAGAAAGUAUUCGAGUAUGUAACAGAUUUAACUAUCUUAAUAUUUCAUGUUGUUUGAUGCUAAAGCUCUGGUCCUUCUUUUAUUACCUGCACAUGUUCUUUGAAGUUUGUUCAGAAUCUCGAACUUUUGUCACAAUCACUGUGAAAUCCGGCAUUUUAAUACC